UCCAAAAAAGUCUAAUCCAGAGUCGUUUUACGGGCAGCUCCAAGCCCACCGAUAUUUCCCUUGACGAGGACGCUGCCCGACCUGCCCGUGACCCUCUGUGAGAAUUACGGGCAGCUUCAGUAACACCAGCAGCGCGCACACAUCCUCUCUCUCACUUUCCCUCUCUCCUCUGGUUAUAUCUAUCUCUCCGUCUCUGUUCUGUCUCUACGAUCUCAAUCCAACGGUCCACAAUGAACGCAGCCUCUGAUCUCAGUUUCCUCACGUUUUAGCUUCUCAAAUCCCCAGAUCUGCUUCAUCCGAUCUCAGAUCUACAUCUCUGGUUGUGUCGUGCGCCGUACAAAUGGAGACUAACUGUGGUUUAGUUAGUGUGGCUACUGCACUUAACCAGUACCUGCUAACGUGCGCCGGAGAAGCUUUAGCAGCUAUGCUAGUCUCGGCUGUCCUAGUCAAAACCAACCAGCUUUCAGGUCAAACUCAGGAUUUCCUCGGAUCACUAAGAAGCGUCAGCCAUGGAAUCAAAGGAGACUAUCAUGGCCGAUCCUAUUCCAAGCCAUUAGAUGCCGAGGAAGAUGACGGUGAUGAUGAUGAUGACGAUGAGGGUGAAGGUGGCUUUGGAGAAGGCGAAGAGGAUUUGUCAUCAGAAGACGAUGGUGAUGUCGGCAACAACCCCCCAAACAACAACAAAAGCAACUCAAAGAAAGGAGGUCCAGGAGGUGCGGGCGGGGCUGAAGAGAACGGUGAAGAGGAAGAUGAUGACGAGGAGGACGGAGAUGACCAAGACGACGACGAUGAUGACGAUGACGAUGAUGACGACGACGAUGACGAUGACGACGGUGGAGAAGAGGGUGAAGAGGAAGUUGUGGAGGAGGAAGAGGAGGAAGAGGAAGAGGAUGAGGAGGAAGAAGCACUCCAGCCACCAAAGAAGAGGAAGAAGUGAAUCCUCGGAAUAAUCGACAACCUCGCCUUUGGAGUACUAUCUUUUAAUGAGACUUUGGGUUCGCUAACUGUAUGUUUAUUUUAGCUUAUUAUGAGAAGAUUUUAUAAUUAGGAUAAUGUUGCAGUAAUUAUCACAUUUGCUUUGGGAUUAUUAGAGUACUUUUAGAACUUUGAGCUGCGGCGGUAAUGUUAAGAUUAAGAUUAAGAAAAUGCGAUAUUAUUAUCAUAAACUUGGUCACUGUUAAUUAA